UCCUGACAUUCGGUACGUUGUGAUAACGACGGCUCGACCUCUGGCUGUGUCUGUAAUAACACUUUUGUACCUCAGACGGCGGCGGCACUCGAGGUUACGCAUCACUUCUGAUUGUACGCCAGCUCUUGCGUAAAAUACGCGACGUCGAGAGUCAGUUCGAUGAUCAAGUUGGGCAGUCGCCUGAUGAUGACGAACUGCCCUUACCAUGCGACUACUUCAACUUCAUGUUCGGGACCUCCACAGGCGGGAUCAUUUCCAUCAUGCUUGGUAGACUUCGCAUGAGCAUCGAAGAUUGCAUAGCCGUCUACGCUGAGCUUAGCAGUCGAAUAUUUGCCAGGAAGAAACCUUUCUUUUUCGUAGGCCGAAACAAGUACGACCAUGUGGAGCUCGAGCGAUUGAUCAGGGAUGUUGUCGAGAGGCACGCACAACAACGAAAUGCAGAGGAGCCACGAUUAAGGGACCCUCUAAUCAUCAACGAGGAAGAUAAAUCAGCAACUGGGCGAGGCACACGAAGACCCAUCCCAUGUCGUGUGGGCGUUCUGGCGAUGCGAGAAGAUGGCACAAAUCACAAGUACGAAAACGUCCACAUGUUCCGAUCAUACCAAAAUCCUACCCAGCCCGGAGGCAGGAGUAGAAGCGGACGGAAAGCCCUCCUCCUGAAUCUUGACGUCCAGCAGAGUGCCAGUAUUUGCAAGAUAGCCCGUGCAACAUCCGCAGCGCCAACUUACUUUCGCCCAGUCACGAUUGAAGGUUUGAAAUAUAUCGAUGGGGGCGUGGAGGUCAACAAUCCCACACAACAUGCAUGGGCCGAAGCGGCCUCGAUGCACAAGAAUCAUCCAGCUGGACCGUGUCCGAAUUCAGCCUCUCAUAGCGGCAUCCGAUUCCUGGUAUCUGUUGGCACCGGACUGCAGGCCAGCCAACGAGUAGCAAGCGGAGGUCUUCUUCUUCUAAGGCUAAGCCUUCUCAAGAAAGGUGUCAAGUCCAUGACUGACCCUGAGAAGGCUCAUGAAUGGAUGACUGAGGCCGCAGACGCUAGUGUAUACUAUCGUUUCAACGUAGACAGAGGAAUGGAAGAUAUGAGACUGGAUGAAUGCCAGAUGCAUGGGAGCACGAACUACACACUCAAGGACAUUGCCGUGUCAGUACACGAGUAUGUCAACAAACCUGAAAUUGAACGACGGCUCAUACAGCUUGCCAGAGGAUUGGUGAACCAUCGCCGACAAACACGGGGGUACCCGUCUGCGAGACCAGAGCAUCCUACCAGGACGCAUCCGCUACCAAACGGCGUGACAGAACUAUCUGCUUCCUCACCACAGACAAUAGAAACAUAUCCUGCUUACGAGCUACCGCCCCAGAGCCCCCACAGUCCUCGAGAGCUACAAGAUAUGAGCCCCAGUCCAGCACGAGACACGACAUUGCAUCAAGGUACCAGACGACGUUCUGUACCAAUGCCCGCCCUCACCGUAGAUACCACUUCUGGAUUACGAAGCAGACGCCCAGCUGAGAACGAGGAUAACCAUCCUGACACGAAUCCAUGAAAUUUUCAUCACAUCCCUUCUUCGCUUUCUCGCUUUCUCGCACAUUGUGGACGCUUGGGAAUACCUUGUUCUACCUUGUUCUACCUUGAUCCUUUCUUGCAUUCUGGAACUGAUCACGAGUACUCUACUUUUGACCGGACAUCUGUUCAGCAUCAGUUCUUUCCUUCUCACAUCGUCCUUCUUGUCCCGUGUCGUCCUUUCCGCUUUUCUGACAUCGCUCUUACUUGUGAUUCUCCGGUAAUAGAGGCCACGAGGGUCCGAGGUAGAGAAGAAUAGAGAUCAAUUUUCUCUUGCAUGUUACCUUAGAGAGAGCCUUGGAACAUUC